UCAGCGUAGGUCGUAACACCGGUAGUUGCGACGUCGUUACAUACUUAAAUUUUUCGAUCCACGAUGUCGUCUGUCAAUCGAAUCGUCAAAAAUGUUAUGUUUUGAAUAGAUUUCGAUCGAUCGGAAAAAAUUGUAUUACAUCGAAGAAAAUAAAGAUUUGCCAUUUAUAAAGAUCCCAGAAGUGAUCUACAAGAAUAGAUAUUGCAUGCGAGAAAAAGAGUCGACACUUCGUUCUUGACGCAUUGAAUUGUAUAGGUUAAAAAUAUUUUCAGUAGGAUCAUUAAGAGAAAAUAAUAUAGGUUAAGAUGAUAGAAGAAGAUAUCGAAACGGAUCAAGGUGAUUUGCGUGUCGAUGGGAGACGUCCAUUAGAAUUGAGACGAAUUCACGUAAGAAUGGGUGUUUUUGGCCAAGCCGAUGGAAGUGCUUAUAUAGAACAUGGUAAAACAAAGAUUUUGGCGGCAGUAUACGGACCACAUCAGCCCAAAGGCACAGGUAGAAGCCAACUUACCAAAGCUAUCGUAAAUUGUCAGUACAGUAUUGCAGUGUUUAGUUUUACAUCGGGCGAACGUAAGCGUAAACCAAGAGGUGACCGUAAAUCACAGGAAAGAUCUCUUGAAUUGCGUCGUGCAAUGGAGGCAAUAAUACACUUGGAAUUACAUCCACGCUCGCAGAUUGAUAUUUUCGUAGAGGUAUUACAAGUCGACGGAAGCGAUUACUGUGCAUCCGUUAAUGCAGCUACCUUGGCUCUGAUCGACGCUGGAAUACCUAUAAAGAAUUAUGCGAUUGGAUGUACAAUAACAUUAGUAAAUUCUUCCUAUACGGAUGGAGGAGAGGAGGGAGGUGUCGGCUCGGGUGUAUUGGAUGCAAAUUUUAUAGAAGAAUGCACUCCUGGUGUAACUUUAUCUAUCGUUGCAUUACCUGAAAAAAAUAAUGAUAAUGUGGCAAAAAGUUCUGGAUUGAUAGUUGUCGCUCAAGGAGCAGGUCAAAGAUUACAUUUGUCGCUUUUGGAAUCGUUAAAACAACGCGCUUUGCUUGGAUGUCAAGACAUAAAAACCAUCUUGGAUCGUGCCGUACGUCAUCAUUUGACGAUACAUUCACUUCCAUCAUUAUGUAACGUUACGUUGGAUUAAAGUGAAAAAAUACUCUGUCUUUCUAA